ACCAAUUUACAAAGUUCCGUCGAAAAUGAAGAUUCCAGCAAUACUGGUAACGUCUCUCUUUGCUUGGGGACUGGCCAAUGGGGACUUCAUUGGAUCAAAGUCGCAGACUUCCGCGUCCGCAACCGCCUCUGCUAGUGCCAAUGCAGGCAUUAAAGAUAUGUGGAUAUCGGUGCCUCUACUAAAGAAGCGUAGUGAACACCAUAAGGACAUAGCAAUCGACAAAUCGGUUUUUGACAUCAAACAUGUAAUGCUGGGUGCAGUCGAUAAGAUAAACGGAGCACCUAAAGUCGGCUUGGGUUGGAAAGAGGUCAGCAUUGGGUUGGAGAAUGCCAAAACUAAUGCUGCCGUAACUGCGGAAGCAUUAGCAAUCAACAAAGAGAUAGUUGCUCAUCGUGAAUCAAACUAUCUGAAUGCUAUCAAGCUUGCAGCAGAGGCAUCUAACAACGCGCUGGCCGUCGCUAAGAUGGCAGAGGAAACCCAGAAAAUCGCGGAGGCUAAGGGCAGAGCAGCUUCGAAAGCUAUUUACACUGGACUCGAAGCAUCCAGUAGAGCUGAGGCGGCGGCCGCAGCUACAAGAGAUGCGAUUGAUCGCGCUGUGAAUAAUGCAAAAUCAUCCAAUUCUGCACAGACAUAUGCAAACGUACAAGCGGAAAAUUCCUAUCGGAAUUCAGUUGCUGUGUUAGCGGCAUUGCUAGGCAUCGAAGAAUCUUCGGCAAAGAAUACUAAGGCUGCAACGAAAGCCGCCGCCUUAACUGCCACUGCGGCUGCUCUUCAUGCUAAAGCUAACGCAGUCUCACAAGCAAACGCUAAAGCAGCUGGCAAGGCGACGAUGAGCGCUGAAGAAGCACAAGCUGUGCAGAGUUCUGCUUUGCGCAACCAGCAGUUAGCUGCUGCUAUGCUGGAAAAAGCUAACGCCGACGAACAGGCGACUUCUGCUAGAUCUGACUACGAUGCUGUUACUAAUGAGGCUAAGGCUGCUGCUCAAGCAUCCGCUAUCAACGCCUUCAGAGACGGGAUAAUUGUUGGAUUGGGAAACGACGGUGGUGCAUCAGCUCAAGAGAUUGCUCAGGUUAAUGCGCUUGCUCGCGCUGGACAGAAGGGAAAUGAGAAAAAUAAAAUAAUUUCGAAGAAAGGCAUGCAUGUACAUAAAAUGGAAAGAGCUUCCGCCAGCGCUUCCGCUAGCGCCUCUGCCGAAGCAUCUUCGAGAAUAAUGGGGAAGAAAUGGUAAACAAAGACAGAGAGAGAGAAAAAGAGAAAGAGAGAGACAAUAUGGAAUGAAUCGAAAGUUUCUCUUACUCACAAAGUAGAACAGACUAAAUACGAAUAAUUAACUUUGUAUGUUAGUGCGCUAUUACACCGGCAUGAAUAAAAAAUAACCAAAAUUGGAAAAAUGUGUGCUAUCAAGUGUAUUAAUAAAAAUUAAUUUUCUUAACAGUUAUUAUGACUUUUUUUUAUAUACAAAGACCAUAUUAAGAUAUUUGCGUAUUAAGAUUGACACAAGUAACAUCCCGGGUAGGAAUUUAAAAGAGGGCUUAUAAAGGCCCUAGAUAGUUUUUCCCUAUUUCUGUCUAGGCGCCAUUCAGGCAAGCCCAAAUAGGCUCUGUACAGAGAUGUAACGCUUUUGUAAGUCAGGGCCCAAUUUAUAAAUCUGACGAGGCCCUAUUCUAGCACGCCUAUAUAGACCCUAUCUGGACACGCCUAAGUAGAAAAAAAUAUUCUUUUAUGUAUGUAUAUAUGAAUUUUCUAAUAAAAACUAUUCGUAAAGGUCA